GCGUAACCAAUGAACGUGUUUUGGGGGUUACGUCAUCGAAAGUCGGUCCUUUUCGCUAUAAAUAGGAUGCAGGUUGGAGAUCGCGACUUCAGCACCUUGAACAGCGGCGUCCAGGGAUAGCGGCGCACAAGACGAUGGAACCCUGACGCCUCGAAUCUUCGGUGCCGGCUUGCGCCUCCGUUCCACAGCGCCGGCGGUUACGUCACAGGCGCUGCUUGUAUUAUAAUAAAGGGGGCUGACACGACACGACGCUGCCCCGCCGAACCAAACAGACCGGCAGAGGCGAGACGGGGACCGGGUGCUGGAGCAGCUAGAGAACACCGCAGUGUGGACGUCGGCUAACGAGGGGAAAAAAAAACAACGUUUUCUACAUAUAUUUUUCAGAUGCACGUUUUUGAGCUGCGCACCUUUGCAAAAUCUUCAACCAGUAAAGAGAAGCUAUGAAAUGCAUCGCACCGGGCGAGUAUAUAUAACUUAUUUUUUUAUUUUUUUAAACAAAAUGUAAGAUUGCCAAGCAGGACCGCCUUGUCGUGUCGAUAAUAGGACUCGCGUAGCAGCCCCUCGCCUCUCCUCCUCUCUCCCCUGGUCUGUGUUUCAACGGGGAGCUUUGAUUCAUCGACGCCGCUGAAGCUGGGAGCCUUUCUACCUGAAACAACAACGUUAAUAAUUUCAGAAUGGUGUCGCUGCCUCUGUCUCCGGGGACGCCGCUUUUGACGUGCUUCUGUCUCCUAGCAAUCCUGACAAGAAGCCUUGCAGCGGACACAGAGGAGAGACUCGUGGAGCAUUUGCUGAACCCCUCGCGGUACAACAAACUCAUCCGGCCGGCGACCAAUGGCUCGGAGCUGGUGAGCGUGCAGCUGAUGGUGUCGCUGGCGCAGCUGAUCAGCGUGCACGAGAGAGAGCAGAUUAUGACCACAAAUGUCUGGCUAACACAGGAGUGGCAGGAUUACAGACUCACAUGGAUCCCGGAGGAGUUUGACGGGAUGGUGAAAGUGAGGCUGCCCUCCAAGCACAUCUGGCUCCCCGAUGUGGUUCUUUACAACAACGCGGACGGCAUGUACGAGGUCUCGUUCUACUCCAACGCCGUGGUCUCGCACGACGGCAGCAUCUUCUGGCUCCCCCCUGCGAUCUACAAGAGCGCUUGCAAGAUCGAGGUGAAGCACUUCCCCUUCGACCAGCAGAACUGCACCCUGCGUUUCCGGUCCUGGACCUACGACCGCACGGAGAUCGACCUGGUCCUGAAGUCCGACGUGGCCAGCAUGGACGACUUCACCCCGAGCGGCGAGUGGGACAUCGUGGCCCUGCCGGGCCGGAGGAACGAGAACCCUCACGACUCCACCUACGUGGACAUCACCUACGACUUCGUGAUCCGCAGGAAGCCCCUGUUCUACACCAUCAACCUCAUCAUCCCCUGCGUGCUCAUCACCUCGCUGGCCAUCCUGGUGUUCUACCUGCCCUCGGACUGCGGCGAGAAGAUGACCCUGUGCAUCUCCGUCCUGCUGGCCCUCACCGUCUUCCUCCUCCUCAUCUCCAAAAUCGUGCCCCCCACCUCCCUGGACGUCCCGCUGGUGGGCAAGUACCUCAUGUUCACCAUGGUGCUGGUCACUUUCUCCAUCGUGACCAGCGUCUGCGUGCUCAACGUCCACCACCGCUCCCCCACCACUCACACCAUGCCCCCCUGGGUCAAGGUGGUCUUCCUGGACAAGCUGCCUGCCCUGCUCUUCAUGAAGCAGCCCAGGAACAACUGUGCCCGGCAGAGGCUGAGGCACAGGAGGCUGGCCCGGGACAGAGCCGGAUCCGCUGGGAUGCUGUUCCGGGAGAGGGUGGGAUCCUGCACCUGCUUCGUCAACCAGGCCACAGUGGAACAGUUCGGGGGGUUUGGGGAGGGGGUGAAUGGUCUCAGGGAGCCGGGCAGGGCUGACCCCCAGGCCGCGGGGCAGUGCUGUCACGGGUUCGGGGAGGCAGUGGACGGGGUGCGAUUCAUCGCCGACCACAUGAAGAGUGAGGACGAUGACCAGAGCGUGAGCGAGGACUGGAAGUACGUUGCCAUGGUGAUCGACCGCCUCUUCCUCUGGAUCUUCAUCUUCGUGUGUGUGUUCGGUACGGUGGGCAUGUUCCUGCAGCCUCUCUUUCUGAACUACACCGCCCAGACACUGUCCCACGCGCCGCAGUGAGGGGGCGCACACCACCGGGAAACACAGAGAGAGACCCCCUGACCUCCGCCAAGCGGGACUGCUCGGGCUGGUGGGGAAAUGAGGCUUUAAAAAGGAUGCAGUGCUCUGCAGCGCCACCCGCAGCUUCAAGCCUGCUGGUGCAAUAAAAUACAGACCGACACUCUGUGUGUGUGUGUGUGUGUGUGUGUUUCACCCCCCAAUUUAAAUACUGUUCCGCAUCCCUCCACUCCAGAGGUCAAGGGGUUAAAAAAAGCACUGGGAUGCGUACUGGUUCUGUCCCACUUGAACGCGGAGAGCACGGGUAUCGAAAAGGAGGAUUGGAAUCCGGGACAGUUGCUCUCGCGCAGUUCAAGCACACUUUUUUUUUUUUUAAAAGCACAUUUCAUCAUGCCCUCCGAAUCGAGGCUUCAAACAGCAGAGAGGCUUGAAUCAAGCUGGUCGUGCGAAAUUAUUUCUGAAAGUCGUGUCAGGACUGUCCCAUACUCUCCAAUGAUGUCAGCUUCCCUCUUCCCCCUUCCCUCUUCUAAUAAAGCGUGUCAGUCUGAUGUGUAUCAUAUCAA